AGGAGGGAGCUCCCAUGAACUUUUUCCGCACCAUAACGGUGCUAUCGCCGCCGCCGCUGUCGAUGGAUCGGAGCACGACGACGGCGUCGACGCGGAGCACGAGCACCCGACCCUCCGACAUGAGCAGCGGCAGCGGCAGCAGCGGCCUCGACGAUGCCGAGACCACCCUCCACAGCGAAGAGCCCUCCGCGGCGGCGCCGCCGACGGAGAGGGAGAAGGUGUACGUGGCGGCGGGGAAGGACGUGAAGGAGUGGAAGGCGAAUCUCUUAUGGGUGCUCCAAAACGUACCCCGCGAGAAGAAGAUCGUUAUACUACACGUCCACCGCCCCGCGAAAACCAUCCCUUUGAUGGGAGGUUAUUUCCCCGCCGACCAACUAAACGACCACGAAGUCGCGACGUUCCGACAGAUCGAGACUCAGACGAUGAACAAAACUAUGUUGAAGUACCAAACAAUGUGCGCGCGCGUUAAGGUACGGGCCGAGAAACUGGUGAUUGAGAUGGAUGAUAUUGUUGAAGGGAUAGUAAUGCUUAUUUCUCAGCAUCAGAUCACUGAGCUUGUCAUGGGAGCAGCAGCAGAUAAGCAAUUUACAAAGGAGGCUGUUCCUAACGGAUACGGGUUAACGGGUUCGCAAACGCCGAGCUCAGCUUCGAUAACUAGCCAUACGGAGAAACUGAGCUCAAGAACAUUACCUCAGGGGCCGGUUCAGUUGGCGAGCUUCCUCUCGAGCCCGACCCACGACACCUCCAUUCACGGGUCACGAUCCACGAAUUUUGAUUCGAGUGUGGAUCCAAUCUCCUUACCUUUACCCGGUACCAGGCCCGGUAAUCCGAAUGGUCAGAGUAGCAUUGUGAUUAAUCUCUGGGAUGGGGUCCCAAAAAAGGCUUCUCAUGGUUCCGAAAAUUCGUUCCAUUCGGUGAGUGACAAAGUGUUCAAUGACAUGGAUUCGGACCUGAAGUUUAAGGGAAAAUCGGCAAAUGGAUCGCCGUUUCACGAAGUCAAAGGAUCGAAAGGAGACCAACAAUUCUCAUCUCUGCACCAUUACAUGAAAGAUGUUGGAGCAAAUAAUGAGAUUUACAAGGACUUUCAGAGUAUGCUGACGGAGACAGAAAAACUACGGCGCGAAGCUUAUCAGGAGACUCUUAGGCACCAAAUAGAUGAAAGAGAUUUAAGCGACGCACCGCAAAGUGCGAAAACAUUCAACAAUUCGUAUCCGAAAGAGAUGCUGCCGAGUAGAGAAGUCCCCGGAAUGCGGGGAAGAGAAGCAACGGAACUGGAAGAUGUUAAGCGGCAGAGAGAUGAGAUAUGCGAAGAACUCCAAAAAGAACAUGAGCAAAGGGCGCAAUUGGAGCUCCAAAUCAUCAACAGCAAUCGCGUUAUCAAGGAUCUUCAAGAGAAGUUAUCGGAGGCGCAUUGCCUACUCUUUUCACUAGAGAGAGAGCAGGAGGAGCUGCGGCAGGAGCGCGAUGACGCGUUAAAAGAAGCUGAGCGAUUUCGUCGGCGGGUGAAAGAGUUGGGAAUCAUCCAAUGCUCGACCGAGAACUUCUCGGAGUUCUCCUAUGCGGAGUUGGAGGAGGCGGCUAACAAUUUCGAUGAGUCGCUUAAGAUUGGAGAAGGCGGGUAUGGAAGCGUGUACAAGGGUGUUCUUCGCCACACCACGGUGGCUAUAAAGCUGUUGAAUCCUCAAGGAAUGCAAGGGAAAUCGGAGUUCCACAAAGAGAUGGAUGUUUUGAGUAAAGUGAGGCAUCCGAACCUCGUGACCCUAAUCGGGGCGUGCCCAGAAGCCUGGGCCCUCGUGUACGAGUUCCUUCCCAACGGUAGCCUCGAAGACCGCCUCUCUUGCAAGAACAACACCCCGCCGCUAACAUGGCAAGCACGAACACGAAUCGCGACCGAGAUGUGCUCCGCAUUGAUCUUCCUCCACACUCAUAAGCCCCUUACCGUAAUCCACGGUGACCUAAAGCCGGCCAACAUUCUCCUCGAUGCCAACUUUGUGAGCCAGCUCGGUGACUUCGGCAUUUGCCGCCUAUUAGAAUCCAAUGCCAACACCAUCCUUUUCCGGUGCACCCAUCCUAUGGGCACUUUUGUAUACAUGGACCCUGAGUUUCUUGCCUCCGGAGAGCUAAGGCCGUGCUCCGAUGUUUAUUCCUACGGGAUCAUACUUUUGCGGCUUUUGACGGGGAAACCGGCCCUGGGGAUUAUUAACGAAGUGCAUGACGCGGUAGAGAAAGGGCGGUUGAGUGAGAUUCUGGAUGCUUCUGCGGGAGAGUGGCCUUUCGAGCAGGCUGAGCAGUUGGCCGAAUUGGGCCUGAAAUGCUGCGAGAUCAAGAGGAAGAACCGUCCGGAUCUCGCUGGAGAGGCCUGGAACAUUCUGGAACCUAUGAUGAAGGCUAGUUAAUUCGUCGGCGCUUUUCAUUUUCAUCCCAGGCGUCGAGAUAUCGCGAGAGGUUGAUUAAUCUGCGAACUGUCGAUGACAAAGCUUCAUUAUUUGAUGGUUAUUCCUCAAGAUUUGAGAAUUCACCAGAGCAAUCUCAAGUAAAGGUUUUUGCCAGAAAUUUUUUAGCUCCUGUCCACAACUGUUACAUAAAAAAAAAGUAAUGCUAAUGUUCAUGUUCCGUAAAGUUUCUUGUACACUAUUUUCUGAAGCAUUUUGUGUACUUUUCCUGUCGAUUUGUGUCGCGAAGUUGCAUGUAUAUUUCGCGUCGAAGUUGGAAUGCAAAGAUGUACAAAGAAGGUUUCCAA